AUGUUCCUCUUCACUUUGGUGCUCGUGGUGCUGUUUCUACCGGAAGCUGACAACCUGAAAUGUAAAUGUGUACCUGGCCCCUACGUAAAUUGCUAUGCAGAAACAACUGAAUGUCCCUCACAGAACUAUAGUUGUUUAGUAGCAACAGAAGUCUAUUUUUCAGAUGGUGCAAAGAUUGAGCGCAACUACAAAGGUUGCAUUAUAUCUGAACUGUGUCUUAGCUACUCUGUCAACUUUGGAGCUGAAAGAAUUGUACAAAACAGCAAGUGCUGCAGUGAAGAUCUCUGCAACGCUCGGAUUAACUACACAAAACCUGAGUACAAUUCCACUACAAAUGGAAAAAAGUGCUUCAGUUGUGACGGAGAAAACUGCACAAAAACCCUUAACUGUGCAGGGGAUGAAAACUCCUGCUUUAAAGUAACAGAAAAUGUAGCUGGAGUAAGUCUGACGCUGAAGGGAUGUGCCUCUGAGUCGGUGUGCUCAGAUAGGGCAGCUUCACUGGUGAAUCAGAUCACUGGAUCAAAUAUUAGCUGCUGCCAGAGUGACUACUGCAACGGCGCCAGCAGCACCAGCAGCACUUUUUAA